UAUCACACUUCCAAGAAUCGAAACGCGGGCAAAGAACCGAACCAACGCUACACUAGUUGUUUCAAAUUACGUGAGUCCCGUUGCACUUGUUCUUGAAAAUUCUCUCUAGGGUUUAUCAAUAUUUCAACAAAAGCCAAAAGGGUCAUUUUAUUUUUCAAAAAAAUGAGUGAUUUUGAGAGCAAAGUUAAAGGGGAUCUUAAAAAGCCCCUUCUUGUUGUAGAUGACAUUAUUGAUUUGAAUUCUCCAAGUUAUGAUGAUGGUGUCGAAGAGGGCACCCCUUUAAGGCCAAUCUUUUGUUUAAAGAACAGGAAUGAAUUGAAGGAUUUUGAAGAUAAAGAAGAUUGCUUUAUUUUAGAUUUUGACCCUGACGAGUCUUUGAGUAUUUCUAAGCUCUCUGUUUCUAGUAAUGCUGAUGAUUCUCCUGAUGUUUUUCUUGUCGCUGAAAAAGGCCAGGUGGCUUGUAGGGAUUUUCCUCAUUCGAGGCAUAGUUGUGCCAAGUAUCCGUUUAGCACUACCGAUCACGAAAGCUACUGUCAACUGUGCUACUGUUUUGUGUGCGAUGUAGCUGCUCCUUGCGAAAAUUGGGAUGGAUCGAGCGGGCAUUGUCAUGCUAUAAAUAAUGAAGCCUGGAAAUUACAAAGGAAAGCUAUGCAAACGCUCCAGAAAGCUGUCAACUGAUUCUGAAGUAUCUUUUGCGGCCUUUUGCUUUUUAAAUUUAUCCAACUACUAAUCCUUGUAGCUAUCAGUUAUUGGAGUUUGGCUGGGUGGAAGUGAUCAUUUUGUCAAGUUGCAAGUCUUAAAUUAACAUUGCCUAAGUGAUAGAUUGUAGUAAUCUUAUUUUGACAUGGUGAAUAUGUACAUUCUACUUAUGCUACAAUAUGAAUGUUAAAAGCUUUUGAUGUAGUGCUAAUAAAUCUUCGCAUUUUAUUUAA